AUGACAACAGGACUAACUGAUUUUGUAGAAAGACCAAAUUUUGGUAGUGAAGGACGAGCCAUUAGAGUCUAUACAAAUUUUUUUAAAAUAACUUCUUUGCCUGAAGCAGAUAUUAUACACUAUGACAUCACAAUCACACCAAGCGUACCUCCUGCUUUAAAUAGAAAAGUAUAUAAAGAAUUUGUAGAAUUAAAUAGAACAGGAAUCUUGUGUGGAAUAAGACCAGUUUUCGAUGGUCGUAAAAAUGUCUUUGCUCCAAGGCUUUUGCCUUUACCACCUGGUGAAACUACUACAAUCAUGGCCCUUGAUGUUCUUAUCAGGCAUCAACCGUCAAUGAAUUAUUCCACGGUAGGUCGAUCGAUUUACACACCUAAAGAAGCUGGUCCUCUUUUUGGAGGUUUAGAGGCAUGGCAAGGUUAUUAUCAGUCAGCUAGACCAGGUCAAGGUCAGAUGUAUGUCAACAUUAAUUUAAGUGCAACAGCAUUUUAUGAAUCUGGCUCGCUAAUAGUAACGGUUGCUAAAAUACUGGGACGUCGUGAUCCAGAUGAUCUUAGAAGAGGUGUUAUGGAUAGAGAUUAUCAUAAGCUUGAAAGAUUUCUUAAAGGGCUUAAAAUACGUGUAAUUCAUCGGGGUGAAGCUACUGCCAGAAGAACAUUUAGAAUAAUAGGAAUUACUUUAACCCCAGCAAGUGAUACUAUGUUUGUUAAUGAAACUGGUCAAAUUAAUGUUGCUUCUUAUUUUGCUACAACCUAUAGGCGUCGUCUAAAUUAUCCUCAUCUUCCGUGUGUUGUCGUCAAAAGGAAUAUAUUUUUUCCAAUAGAAGUUUGUGAAAUUGUAGAAGGUCAAAGAUACACUCGUAAAUUAAAUGAUAAACAAAAUGCCGACAUGAUUAGAUUAACUUGUGUAUCACCAAAUAUCAAAGCAAAUAAAAUAAAAAAUGGAUACGAUGUACUCAAUUAUCGCGAUAAUGAAUAUCUACAACAAUUUGGUAUAAGAGUCUCGAAUGAGAUGGGAGCGGUUCCUGCUCGAAUAUUACCAACCCCAACACUUCAAUUUAAUCCCUCAUCUAAAGAUCCUAAUGUUAGGCCCAAAGAAGGUGUCUGGAAUUUAAAAGAUAAAAAAGUUGCUGUCGGUUCCACAUUAGGUUCUUGGUCCAUCGUUGUAUUUGGAUCAGAUCGCGAGCUUCCAGAUCAAGCAAUAGCAUCGUUUAAUCGGGAAUUUGUCUCGACUUGUCAAGACUCAGGAAUGAAUAUUCCAAAUAGGACUCCGCCAGUAAUACAUGCAAAUGCCCAAGGUGAUAUAGAGGCUAUAUUGAAACAAGCAUGGCUUCGUGCUGGAAAUGCAGCCAAAGCACAACCACAAUUAAUUCUAUGUGUGCUUCCAAAUACUGGAAUUGGUCUAUACGCUGAAAUAAAACGUGUUUGUGAUACCGAAAUCGGAGUUGCUACACAGUGUAUACAAAGCAAAAACAUGCUGGCACCAAAAAAACAAUAUUGUGCUAACGUUUGUCUAAAAAUUAAUGUUAAACUUGGAGGAAUGAAUUCUUUCUUAAACCCUGCAGAGAUCCCAUUCAUAUCUGAACGACCAACAAUUUUGAUGGGUGCAGACGUUACACAUCCACCUCCUGGCUCACAGAAUAAGCCAUCAAUAGCUGCUUUGUGCGCAUCAAUGGAUGCAAAGGCAUCAAGAUAUGCUGCUUCCAUCCGAGUACAACAUGGAAGGGAAGAAAUUAUUGCUGAUUUGACAAGCAUGGUAAAAGAAUUGUUAAAAUUGUUUUAUCAAACUUGUGGAAGAAAACCUGAAAGAAUAUUAUUUUAUCGGGACGGUGUAUCUGAAGGUCAAUUUGCUAGUGUUCUUACUGCUUGUCAAGCUCUUGAUAUUAACUACGCACCAAAGAUUACGUUCAUAGUAGUUCAGAAACGUCACCAUGCCCGCUUCUUCCCAACAACCAAUAAAGAAUCUGACCAUACAGAUUUGCAAAGUCAUCCAGGAUUGCAAGGAACAUCUCGACCUACACAUUAUCAUGUAUUGUAUAAUGAGAAUGAUCUUAGAGCUGAUCAAUGUACACGUGUAGUUUCAUUGGUUCCACCAGUUUAUUAUGCUCAUUUAGUAUGUAGUCGUGCUCGUUAUCAUUCUCGUGGAAAAUGGACCGAUACAGAAUCAUCCGAUGAAGGAAUAGGUUCGACAUUUGAUGCUGUAAGACCUGAAUUACAAAAGCUAAUGUAUUUCAUAUGA